GCCAGAUAAGGACUACCCUCCGGCCUUCAUCAGCUCAUAUAAUCUUUUCAGUUGAACAGCGAUCGCCAACGUGUAUAGGCGCCAUGUCUGAAGAGGAAUCGUUUGUUAUAUUGGGCAGUUCGCCUCUUCCUUCUCUGUGCGCGGAUGGAAUUGGCUUGAUUGACGAUGCCUUACAUAAUGAUAAGAAGAUUGCAGAUAUUGGCGAAGAAAAUAAAGAAGCAUCUCAAGUGGAAUCGGCAAGCUUGACACAGUUAAGUGUCAGCUCCAUUCAACCCAAAAGCAAUGAAAACAGUUUGCAGACUUCUCUAGAUAAAAAUGUGAAAACAAAUGGAAGUAAUGGCACUAAUGGUCAUGCACCCAAAUCUCUGGCUACUAGUUUUAUUUUGGGCGAAAUAAACUCUUCUGUCUUAAAGACUAGCGUUUACUCACAGUUUCCCACCUUGACCUCAUUGGAGUCUUGUGCCGAGGAUGUGGUAAAGUUGCAAAACUUGAUAACCGAACACGAUGCUCUAAAAAAGACUUUGCUUAAAGUUAAUGCCACAAUGGAAGAGUAUUAUAAAAUCUCUCAAGAAAGGUAUAAAGAAUCAGCGGCCCGAGAAUUACGUUACCAGGAGCAGGCAAAAUCUCUCAAUGAGCAAAUAGAACAAUUACGUCAAGAAAAUCAACAACUAAAAGAUGAGGUGGCAUCAACUCGUACAGCAGUACAGUCCAUAGAGGAACUCACACAAAAAGAAACCCAGGAGCUAAGACAAACUUUGUCGGAAAAAAUAUCCUUGAUUCAAAAUAUGCGUGUGGAAAUUGAAAAGCUAUCGCAACAGCAAAUGCCAUCAUAUGACUUUAUACAGGAAAUAAAGAAAGAAGAGAAAACGGAUGCAAAGAAAAUUCAAGAAAACUCAUCUUGUGACGAAUGCCAUAAACAGGCGGUUAAAAUAAAGGAACUUGAACGCGAAAUGUCCAAAUUGAUGGCUGAAAAUAUAGAAACUAUGGAAAUGAAAAAAAUCUAUAUUGAUGAAAUUAAUUGCCUGAAAGUAAACCUAACCUGUGCAGAGGAGUUGGUUGGCAGAAUGCAGCGGGACAUACAAGAGCUAAAAACAAAUGAUGCCCAGCAACGAGAACAGAUUGCCUAUUUGCAAACCCAAAAUGAUAUCUAUCGCAGAGAUUUCGAAAUGGAGCGAGCAGAUCGUGAGAAAAAUGCCGGCGAAAAGGAACAGUAUUUGAUGGACUUGCGUGAUCUACAGCGACGCAAUCAGAAGCUUAUCGAGGAUAUGGCUCAAAUGCAUAAAAAUAAUAGCCCAUCCGUUGGCUUAUCAUCGGCGUCGACUUCGUUGGGCUCAUCAAGUAGUAAUAGCCUCCGAGAUAAUCAGCGACCCGUAAGAGUUUUGGAUCCAACAGGAGCAGCUGCGCAAACAUCCUCGUAUAACUUACGUUGCCCCAUUUGCUCCAAAUCUUUCAAUUCUCUCAGCGUAUUACAGAGCCAUGUAAAUGAUUGUUUGGACCAGCAUUAACAUAAAUGGGAUUAUUUUUUUUUUAUUAAUUUUAAGGUAUCAAAUAUAUAUAUAUAUAUACAUAGAUAUAAUAGAAAUUGAAAAUAUCGCUUCGGCUAUGUUAUAUUAUUCACAAUUUACUUUGUAUUGGUGGCAUCUCAAGAGACCAAACACGAUGAACAUCCUGACUGGCAACCAGAUUGUUGAGAAUCUUGACAUCUGCAAAGAAAGCCGCAUUAAAUUUAUUAUUUUUAUUUUAAAAUACAUAUUAAUUAUGCUUUUGAUAAAAUACCAUUAGUUUUUGCAAAUUCAUGGAGAGUAAAGCGUAUAUCACAAAUUGGAA